GACCCAGCUAAACUAUGCUUUUUUUUGACCUGAUGUUGGAAGAGGGAGACCUCAAGUUUGAGGGAGGACGGAGAGAAGUACUUAGUUGGUUUGCCGCGAAUAAUUCUAAUUCAAGAUCCUAAAUGUAAAUUAUCACCACCAUGAUGACGUCUGCCUCUAUUGAGACUUGCUGUGUCGUGAUUCGUUCAUCCCUUCUACAAUUACGUGGAUGGAUGGCGAGAUAGAGACCGGGCCAGUGGAGAGACGAUUCUGCGAGGCGAUGCGGGAAUAGAAUCUGGAGUACUCUCUCUGUCAUUCAAACCACGAUAGGGAUCAGACCGGGAACUCCUAAGCGUAACCAACCACUCAGGCGACGACAGUGUAACUUCACCACAAAGGAAAACGCUUCAGAGAACGACAAUGCCAAAGCCUCUCUUCGCUUUAUGGUCCGUUGCCGGUGGGCCACUUGCUGCCAUACAAGGUGUCGGCGCAGCAAGCGACGGGGAUACAGCACAUCAGAGUGGACAAAUGGUUAUCCUGCCAGGCCAGGAGAACCCCCCUGAGAAACACCGCCAGUAUCAGAGAUUUCGGCUUCAAUAUGAUCCCUACCAUUUCUCCGGAGACCAUAGCUUUCCCUACGAGCAUCCUACCACAUACGUUGCGGACACUCGUGAGAGGAUGUAUAAUUCCGAUGUAGUUGUUGGGAAAACGGAGGAUGCUCCUCCUGCAACGUCAGUACAACAAAGUGCAGAACAACCCGAAGAUGAACAAGACCAUGAGCGAACAGCGGAGCGCAUGAUCCCUCUUGUGGCUCCGUUCAUGAACGAAACCUAUCUGGUCGCGACCUUCUCCGCGUCCUAUUGUUCACCCGAAAAAAGUGUCGAAAGUUGGUUCCAGACGAACGAGUCGCCAGCAAGACAUAAUCCUUUGCGCAUGAUAUCCAUGUUCAACGCUGUGGGCUUGCAAAAAGAUGAACUAGGAUCGAGUUGUAUCGGCUACGAUUUCCAAGCUGAGCUCUGCAUUCAAUCGAUCGACCUCGUGCGGGCGCCAGAACACGGCUUUCCCUUGAUCUGGAUCCCGACGCCAGUCGUAGCGAACUAUCGAGUAGAAUCGCUUUUGCUUCCAGACUCAGCUUUAGACUUCGUGUCGCGGAUGUUGCAAGAGCGAUUUUCCAAUAGUGCGAAGAAAAGUAAGCAGAAAAUCAUGGCAUCGUUGGCGGAAGAAAGCAGUGGUAGUCAGGAAGCUCAGGAUACCACUUCCAGUUCCACUGCGAUUAAAAACGCACCAACUACAGCACAAACAGCGGCACCAAAAAGUAGAUCACUACGAGAACUGCGGACAAGGACUACAUCAAAUCGGGCCCGGUCAUUUCGCACGAUGGACGAGGAGGAGUCCAAACUGUUGCUUCAAUACAUGGCAGCAACUGCAUCGGCAGGGACCAUUUUACCACAAAGUGGAGACGAUCUUUAUGGGGAAAAAUGAAGAGUAAGUCUUUCAAAACUUCAUCUUACUCAACAGGAUCAGAUCACCCUUCAAGAGUGAGUGUGUACUUUUCUACCUGGUUAAAGGACUUUUUAGAUUUUCUAAUGAUUCUGAUCAUCACGUACCUGCCGCGGUCACCUCACAUGAUGAUGUUCUGGAGCGUAGUAUUGACUUCGUCUAACUCUCUGCUCCACCUUCGUUUGGUGAACCUCUUGAUCGAUUGGAAUUCACCAUGCCGUACAUCGACCAGGCUGCUGCCUGGUGGGGCAAGCACGUUUACAAGCUCGAACCCAGAGAAAGUUGGAUGGGUAUGAUGUCGGAGGCAAUUCAGUACGUGAUUCAAGCUGCGGAAAUCGGAGCCAAAGGAUUGUGGGCUGAAUUCGGUGUUGCCAGCGGCAAAAGCACGGCGUACAUCGCAAGUGUAAUGCAGAAAACGUAUGGGGCACCAGCAGAAGGAGCAAUUCCGCACCCUUUGCUGCACGGUUUCGAUUCCUUCAUCGGGAUUCCAGAUGCGUGGAACAACCUGGCGACCGGAACGUUCACCAUGGACGGCAAAGUACCGGAGAUCGUGCAGAACAUGAAAAACAUUUUGGUGCACAAGGGGUGGUUCAACGAAACUAAAUACGAUCUGGAUUUAUGACCUGAUUUGUUUUGUCUGUUGCCUUGGUCUUAUUCAUCUACUCACUUUCUGUUUUGUCAUUCAUGUAGAAUUUGCUGUUUCCGGAUGUCAGCGCUCGAAAAUUUCUCUUCCUAGUUAGGAGGUACUUUUCGGCGUCGUGCUUCUACUUCACAGUUUUCAUAUUUGAUGUUGUACUACUUUCAUUCUCCCACGAAGGCCGAGUAGCCUUUCUGCAUAUGGACAUGGACAUUUAUCCUGCAGCACGUGAGAUUCUGUUGCAUUUCGCAUGCAGACUUGAGAGGGGCACGAUCUUGGUCUUCGACGAACUGAUAAAUUACGCGGGAUGGGCAUAUGAGGGAGAGUUUCAGGCACUAGAAGAAGUUGCCAGUCUCCGUGGCCUGAUCUGGGAGCCCCUUGGAUUCUACCAUGAACAGGCAGUGCCGAUAAUGAUUGUCGAGAAUCGGCGUUUAGGAUGUCCUGGAAAAGUGUCUUAGUCGUGAUUGAUCGUCAUUAUAGAAAUCGCGCUAGUAGAGCUACUGUGGACACGCCCACCACGGAAAAACAACAUAUGAUUAGCUACCUUGACCUUCGCGUGUCCUUAAGUUGUUCAUGAUGGCCUUGUAUCAGGUCGAGGAGUCGAAAUUCAAAAUGUAAAAAUAAUGUUCAAACUCAUGUUUAGUUUUUCGCUGGUAGAAGAAGAAUAAAACUUCGUUUUAUCUGCGUUUGGGCACGAAUAAAAAUCAGGAUUGUUGAUCUCAUCGCGUAAGCAAGAUGAAAGACAAGAGGACAAAAGUUGGCUGACGCAGCGUAUCUAUUCGUGUAAUCCCAAGAUCUUGAUGUGCCACCCCCACGCAGCCCCGACAACCCAAUCU